GAUUCAUUCACUGUAAGCAAUAUGAAAGUGUUGGCUGUUCUUCUCCUGGGGGUGAUCGCCUCCGCCUCGGCCUUCGAGAAGCCCGUCUUCUGGAAGGACGUGCCCAUGGGCAAGUCCUCGAUCGAGGGUCGUAUCACCAACGGAUACCCGGCGUACGAGGGUAAGGUGCCCUACCAGGUCGGACUUGGCUUCAGCAAGAACGGAGGCGGCACCUGGUGCGGAGGCUCCAUCAUCGGCAACACCUGGGUCAUGACCGCCAAGCACUGCACUGACGGCAUGGAGUCGGUGACCAUCUACUACGGAUCUGUGUGGCGUCUCCAGGCUCAGUUCACUCACUGGGUGGGACGUGGCGACUUCAUUGAGCACGGCUCCGGCGACAUCUCCCUGAUCCGCACUCCUCACGUCGACUUCUGGUCCCUUGUCAACAAGGUGGAGCUGCCCACUUACAACGACCGUGGAAACAACUACCAGGGCUACUGGGCCGUCGUCUCCGGCUGGGGCAAGACCUCCGACGAUGGUGGUGUGACCGAGUACCUGAACUGCGUUGAUGUCCAGAUUGGCGAGAACUCGGUCUGCGAGAACUACUACGGCAACUUCUCUGGCGACCUCAUCUGCAUCCCCACCCCCGAGAACAAGGGCACCUGCAGCGGCGACUCUGGCGGCCCUCUGGUCAUCCACGACGGUGGCCGCCAAGUGGGUAUUGUCUCUUUCGGCUCCUCCGCCGGUUGCCUGUCCAACGGACCCAAGGGCAUGGUCCGCGUCACCAGCUACUUGGACUGGAUCCGCGACCACACUGGCAUCGCUUACUACUAAGCACUUUUCUAAAUAAAUAUUGAAGCUUUAAAAAACGAA